AUUCACGUACAUGGGCUGAAACAUUAAACAACAAACAAAUACACACACGCAUACACAAAACUGACUCGCACUAUCCAACCAAAGCCCAGCCCAAACUGUAGGGUUUUAAGCUUAUCCUCCGUUCUCACCCUCACUCACACCUUCGCCGCCGUCUCUCUCCCUCUCUCUCUAUCUCUCCCAUCAGAUCGAGAAUUAAGCUAAUGAAUAUAUUCAAUUAGGGUUUAGCACUCGAAGUAAUCGUUAUAGUCUAAUAUAUUUUCAAUUCAAUCGCAUCGAAAUGGCGUCUGCUAAUCCAUUCGAUCUCCUCGUUGAUGACGACAACGACGACGUCUCGCAGCUCAUCCAGAAGCUCCCGCCGCCGGUGAAGAAAGCUCCGGUCGUCGAGGCUCCGGCGAAGGCCGCCGGAAAGCUGCCGUCCAAGCCUCUUCCUCCUGCUCAGGCUGUGAGGGAGUCCAGGGGUGAUGGUCAGCGAGGUGGAGGACGUGCUGGUGGACGUGGAACUGGCCGUGGCCGUGGUGGUGCUGGAAGAUUUGGCCGUGAUCCUGCAGAUAAUGGAAACUCUUACAGCAGUAACAAUAAUGGGUUUUCUGGAGGAUACAACAGACAACCUGAGGAAGGUGAUUUAGACAAGUCAUCUGAUAGGCGCGGAGGAUAUGGUGGUCCUCGUGGUGGGGCUCCUCGUGGUGGUCGCCGCGGUGGUUUCAGCAAUGGAGAUGCUGCAGAUGGUGAACGCCCUCGAAGGGUAUAUGAACGCCAUAGUGGGACUGGCCGCGGAAACGAGUUCAGUAAGCGUGAUGGUGCUGGGAGGGGCAACUGGGGAACUCCCACUGACGACAUUGCCCCGGUAAACGAAGAGCUUGUCAAUGAUGGUGAGAAGAAUGUUGAUGUUGAGAAACAAGCAGAGCAGGAAGAUGCUGGUGAUGCAAGCAAGGAGAAUCCUGUGACUGAGCCUGAAGAGAAGGAGCCUGAGGUCAAGGAAAUGACUCUGGAGGAGUAUGAGAAGGUGCGUGAGGAGAAGAGAAAGGCACUGCUGGCCCUUAAAUCUGAAGAGAGAAAGGUUGACUUGGACAAAGAUUUUGAAUCAAUGCAGCUUCUUUCAAGCAAGAAAAAUGAAGAGGAGAUCUUUGUCAAAUUGGGGUCUGAUAAGGAAAAGCGUAAGGAGGCUGAAAAGGAAGAGAAAGCCAGAAAGGCUCUCAGCAUUAAUGAGUUUCUAAAGCCUGCUGAAGGAGAAAAAUACUAUGGCCCUGGUCGUGGACGUGGACGCGGCCGUGGUCCAAGAGGAGGAUACACUGGAAACUUUGGGAACAAUGUACCUGCCCCGAUAAUCGAAGAUCAAUACCAAUUCCCUACCUUGGGGGCUAAGUGACUGAGUGAGAGGUUUCCUCCCUGCCACUGAUGUCUUCAUGGUUCUUAGUGGCAGUAUAUCAGCAGGGAUUGUUCUAAAAUUUUCUGAAAGGUUGUCUUGAUAGUGUAAAUUUUAGAUGCCUUGCUGGGGUUUUACACCCUUGGUUUUUGGACUUGUUAUGGUACACUGUUAUAGGAUAUUAGGUUUUAUUUACAUUAUGGAUUUUAAACAAUGGCACCAAUUUUGAUUUGGUUUUGGUAAGAACAAUUUAGAUUAUCUUUUCUCGA